CGGUGUGGAUGUAGAGAGACAGAGGGGGAGAGAGGACCACCACCGCCGCAAAAGUCUCCCUUUCAGCCUGGGACUGAACGCAUUUUACUGAGGGUCCUCCCCGGUUGCUGAUCUGAAGAUCUGGCCCUCAUCUCUGGCCAGAGUGGACGGCCGCCCCCCUCAGUGAAGAGCAUCAUGACCCAGGAGGGGCAGGCUCUGCCCUCUCCCACCCCACCAGAGAACCCAGUGGACCCCAGUACAACCACAGCCGCCACCGCCAACCCACCCACAGAGACCCACAACCAGGCAGAGCCGGACAAGCUGGGGGCAGGGGCGAAGGACGAGAUAGAGGAGGAGAAACAACAAGAAGAAAUCAGAGAGGGCGACGAGGAGGCACAGGUGGAGGCACACAGGGAAGGAGAGGGGAGGGCAGAAGUAAAGGAUGCAAAAGGAGAGUGUGAGUUGAAAGAGGAGAGGGUGGAUGGCAGUGGAGAUGAAGAUCAACAGACAGACGGAGGGGUGGAGGGAAAGAUAGAUGGUACGAGAGGGGAAGGAUUUAUAAAUGUGGAGGUAAGCUCAAUGGCGGAGGAGGCAACACAUGAGGUGGAGGAGAUAAAAGAGGAAGAGGAGGGGAAGGAAAAUGAAGAGCUGCAACAGUCUACAGAGGAGACAACUCCCCCUCAACAAGCUGGGCGACUGGCAAAUGGUAUCGGUGGGAAUGAAGACGAGGAUGAAGCUGGCGAGGAGGAUGGGGGAGGAGAUGGAGGGGGGAUUCAUACACAUUUGGACGCUUUUAGCUCUAACUUUGAGACGACUGUAGAACAGGCCGAUACAGAAGUGGAGGAAGAGGAGGAAGAGGAGGAAGAGGUCCAGAAAGAGGGAGAUGGGAGAGAAAACCAGGACAGUUUCAGUUCGGUGUUUGAGCAGAUUGUUGAGCAGGUUGAUGUUCAGGAGGAAGAUGAGGAGGACGAGGAGAGGGAGUUGGAGGAGGAAAGGGAGAAAGGAAGAGUUGACAACAAAGAUGGAUUCAGCUCCACAUUUGAGCGCAUCGUAGAGUCUGCCCUGCUGAGGGGCGGGACCUGCUACAGCAGCCUGGACUCUCUGGAUGUGCUGUCCCUCACAGAUGAGACGGACAGCUGCGUUAGCUUUGAGGCACCACUGACACCGCUCAUCCAACAGAGGGCACUGCUACAGGGUCCUGAACCUUUGGAGCUGGAGCUGGCAACUGUUCAGGAGCAAGAAGGGGCUGAGGCUGGACCAGAUGCCCCAGGCGCUGAUCUGAAAGCUGGGGAGAGCGCUGUCAGUGGAGCUGGAGCUGUGGCUGGAGCACAAGGAAGCCCACUGAGGACCACCAUACCAGGGAGCAGAUCAGAGUUUGUGCUGAGCCAGCCUGGACGCUGGGCCAUCCCUAAUGGAUACCAUGCAGACUCCCACGGAGCCAUGGAGGGUUGUGGAGCCAUGACCAACUCUGUCAGCGAUGCCAACCUCACAGACGUGCUGUCCGACUCAGAGGAGUGCGACUUGGGCAGUCUGGAGCGUUUGGAGCCCGGCAGCACUGACACUCUGGCCAAUGGCUGCCGAGCCGACUGUGAGGCCGCCAAGAGGCUGGCCAAGCGCCUCUAUCACCUCGAGGGCUUCAAACGCUGUGACGUGGCCAGACACCUGGGCAAGAAUAAUGAGUUCAGCCAGUUGGUGGCAUCAGAGUACCUGAGUUUCUUUGAUUUCUCCGGCCUGUCGCUGGAUCGAGCCCUGAGGAACUUCUUAAAAGCCUUUCCACUGAUGGGCGAGACCCAGGAGAGAGAGAGGGUCCUGGUCCAUUUCUCCAGACGCUUCUGCCACUGCAACCCACAGACACCCACCUCUGAAGGUCAGAGCCAUGAGGGGGAUGAGAAAGAUGAUGGAGCCCACACAUUAACCUGUGCCCUCAUGCUGCUUAACACCGAUCUACACGGACAUAACAUUGGAAAGAAGAUGUCUUGCCAGCAGUUUAUCAGUAAUCUAGACGGCCUCAACAAUGGCAAAGACUUUCCCAAAGACUUAUUAAAGGUCUUGUAUAACUCAAUAAAGAAUGAGAAGCUUGAGUGGGCAGUUGAGGAGGAGGAGCUGAGGAAGAGUCUGUCAGAGCUGGUGGAGGAGCAAUGUGAGGGCGGGAGUAAACGUGUUGCCAGGGUAACGGACGGCAGUAACCCUUUCAUCGCAAUUCCUAUUCUUUUAAAUGCCGUCACCUACAAACAUGGAGUGCUUACCCGCAAGAGCCAUGCAGACAUGGACGGCAAACGCACCCCGAGGGGUCGCCGCGGUUGGAAGAAGUUCUAUGCGGUUCUGAAGGGGAUGAUCUUGUAUCUCCAGAAGGAUGAGUACAAGCCCGACGCUGACAUUUCAGAGGUGGACCUGAAAAAUGCAGUGCGGAUCCAUCACGCUUUAGCCACCUGUGCCACCGACUACAGUAAGAGAGCCAACGUAUUGAAGCUCAAAACCUCAGACUGGAGAGUCUAUCUGCUGCAGGCCCCGAGUGAGGAGGAGAUGAUGUCGUGGAUCUUCCGGAUAAAUCUGGUGGCGGCGCUGUUCUCAGCUCCGGCCUUCCCUGCUGCCAUUGGCUCCAUGAAGAAAUUCUGUCGGCCCAUCCUGCCAUCCUCAUCCACCAGACUCAACCAGGAGGAGCAGCUGCUGAGUCAUGAGAGCAAGCUGAAGCAGAUGAGCCUGGAGCUGGAGGAGCACCGGAAAAACCCUCCCUCGGUCGACCCCAAAAGCCGCGAAUGGGAGGAGUACCGGCUCAAAGAGCACUACCUAACGUACGAGAAGACUCGGUAUGAGACGUACAUCAGCCUCCUGCAGGCCAAAAUCCGUGCUGAGACGGACGACCUCGAGAAGAUUGAGGCAAGCGUGAUGGGUGGCCUGAUCAUGGAGGGUGGCCUGGCCGGCCGCGAGUGCCACCUCCGCAAGACACAGUCCUCCCCGUCCAUCAGCCAGACCCACGGCGGGCUGAACGGGAGGGCUGCUGAUUGCACUGCCCCAGGACAGAGGAGCUGAGAGGGAGGAUGGCUAGAGACCAACAACCCACAAAGCAACAUCCCUCCAAGCCAAACUAGCUUAAUUCACCAACUCCAUACUGGGUUUUUUUGUUAGUGUUUUCUGUUUUGGGCUCCUCCAUUCCUCCUGUUGUACUUACAGUAAGAGAGUGGGCAGCAACAUCAGAAGUGUCCGUCACUGUCCUUCCCAGAAUUUAUCACCCCUGGUAACAAGUUUCUGUUCUUGAGCAAUAGAUGAGGAGGAUGAAGAGCCCGCGCUUGAUGCCCAACAAGUGACCCUGCCAAACCUCAGUUCUUUGAACUCUUAUUAUUGCACAUUAAAUGAUCAUGACUGUGAUCACAACAUCAUCAGUAUUAUUUGGAAAAGUCAGAGUGAUGCAGUUAUAUUUAGUUGAAAUUUGUUUUUAGUUAUGAGCAGAAGUUUGAGUUAUUUAUAAUGUGUAUUAGUUGAAGGCCAGAAAGAGAACAAAGAAAGAGACACAGACUGCUUUUGUCCUCUCCGUUCUGUCCUUGUCAGACAGUGACUGAGAUGGACAUGGUGGACAUGGUACUACUGUAGCAUUUUGGCCUUUUUUCCACUCAUGUUAAUACACACAGCCAGUCACAGGCGUGUGUAUGGACCUACAGUGUGGGUGGAGUGUGACGUGUGAAGAUACAACAUAUCUAUCCUGGAGUUACAAAAACUCUCAAAAGAACUUCUCAGAAGGAUCAUGUCCCUGCCAUGUAUAGCAUAUUUAUUUAUUUAUUUAAUUAACCUUUAUUCACCCCACAGAGGGUUUACACAGAGUGGACAUGCUGUUUUUCAGCAAUUUCCUUCUUGACUUUCAUACAGUUACAUAUAUUCCUGUGCAUUAAGGAGUUGCCAAGUGGAACCACGGUUUUAACUGUUCACCGAGAUGAUCCACCAGAGAAACUGGAGGUUGAGUGCCUUACUCAAGGGCACCUCUACACUAGCUGUUGAGGGAUUUUGAGAGUGUUAAACACUCAUUUGUCACAGAGAUCACAGGUCUGCGUCUUUGAAUUUUGAGCUGCCACUACCCCAAACACUGACAUGUAUUCGAUUAUUCUGUUUGUUUUUAACAACUAAAAAGAAGGAUGAGAGUAUGUGACUGAAUGAGAGCACUGUGCCAUUUAUCCCACAAACUACUCCUCUUAUGUCAUGACGGAUUGCACAUAGCUGAUAGUGCUGAUAUGUAACAAUAUAUGACUGGGUGGGAGGUUUCUGAAGAUUGCAAUGAAGGGCAGAACAGGAAAGUGUGGGUGGGAGGUAUACAGAAUGAGUGGGUCAGCUGGUGUGUGUGCGUGUGUGUAUGUGUGCACGUGCGUGCGCAUCAGUGUGCUUUUUAAAGUGGUUGAAAUUGAGACGCUGAAGCUGUAGGCAUAUUAGGAAGAAGGAAAUAUAGCAGGGUCAUGUCUUUGUGAGAAGAAUUUAUGGAGCAUGUUUGGUGAGAAACAGUCCGAUGGCCGUCUGCUGAGUAGGACUGCCAUCACUGUCAGACCUGGAUCUCUCAAAAGCAUCUUCAGCGCAAAGGCAGCCAUUGUCCUUGUGAAAAAAGCUGUACAUUCACCUCUUAAAACAUCAAAGCGAUCCCUGCUCUCAUUAGUAACGUGUUACAUGGACCUAUUAUAGCUUGUUAAAAUGGCCUCGUUUUGGGCAUUUACCAGUACCGGUGUAUUCCUUACGCUUCAGUCAUUCCCGUCAGAUGGAGAUGUUUUUGAGAAAGCAGGCCCUGGCCUAUCUUAAACAGAGACUGGCUCAUUGGAAAGUGUAGCAGCAGGACUGCUCAGGCUGAGCAUACUAAAGUCAAGAAACCUGUGAAAACUGGAAAGGAGAGGGGAACAGCAGCAAAACAACUCCACCAGCCAUCAAAACACCCUCCAAGUGGUUGAGGAGGAGGAGAGACUUGUUUUCUAAGAAGAGACUGGUUUAGUUUUCUAAGUAAGACCGUCUCUGCCAGCCAAGAACAAGCAAAACGGACAUCCAGCACACAUUUUUCCAAACAGAGGAACACAAUAUAUUAAGCCUGUUUCUCAUGGAAGGAUGACUUGUGUAAUGUUCUGAAGAAGUGGGGAUGUGGUGGGAGGGGUGGUGGUACUGCUAUUUGUGAGCACCUUAAUUGUUCCUUACCCACCCAAACACACACACACACACACACACACUUUCUACAUAAUUUGCUUAUGACACAACUGUAGAUCAGUGAGCUUAGUGCCCCCUCACUCAGCCUCUAUGUGGCACAGAAGCAUGUUGACAUAACCAGAGCUGUGGAUUGACCGUAAGAAUAAUCAUAUCUUUGGCUCUGGACACAGCACUUCUGCCGCUUCAUAUAUCAUAUUAAUAGUGACUGAUGGGAUCUGAGAUCCUUUUGAGACUUGGCUGGAAACCUGGAAUUACAGCUGGAAUCCUCAAACUGGAUCUUUGUAUAGACCAAAAUGCUGAAACAGAGCUGAGUUUUGAGAAAGGAAGUACCAUUUUCUAAAGCUGUAUUGACAAGAUAAAAAUGCUUUCUUACAGGGAGACAUCCCCUUAUAGUCACUUUGGCUGUUGUGCUAACCAUUGUUUCCCAAUGUUCUAGGGUAGGCCUGUGCUGUAAUAUAGGAUUGUGACAAAAAAUAUUUGUUGAUUGUUAUGUUUUAUUUAAAAAAUGACAACUUUGGCACUUUGAUGUCUGCAAUGGAUCUUUUGUUUGUUUUGUUUGUAUAUCUGAACUGUUUUUCAACAGGAUGCUCAUACUAUGUAAAGGACAUAUUUACUGAAUAUUUAGUCUGUGCUUCAUAAAGUAAGCUUUUAUACAGAUGAUUGUGGUCGUGAUUUAUUAAGAUUGUCAGCUCUGGGCUGAAAAAGGUUUGCUAAUCUGGGUGCCAGUGACAUCUCUGAUAUUGUGUAGAUAUGACUUUGUGUAAAAUUUUAACACACUUUGUUGAGAAUCUAGCACAACACAAAGUUUCCACCAUGGGUAAAUGCACUUUUUUGUAGGAGGCUCAUUAAAUUGUUUAGCCUGCAGUUAAGAGCUAAGUAAGCACAUUAGUCAA